AUUUAAACUCAUCAUCACUGCAUAUGCACUUGCUCUGCAAACACACAAACUGUCCUGUUCGCUCAGCGCUUCUGCCUCAUCACUGAACGGGGCUUUUCUGUUUCUGCUCACGACAACAAGCAGGCUCGGUGGAGGACGUGUGCAGGGGCUUCUUGGUGUGAAUUUGAGGAGGAGUGUUUGCAACAGAUUAACAGAGUUGUAUUGGAGGCACGCGCACUGGUAGCGGGAAACACCUUACGCUUUCGAGCCGAGACAUCUGGGAAGUGAAAUUUCAGAGUAGUUACAGGAAAUCAAUAAAAAUACUUGAAACAGGGGCUAGCAGGUGUGAUUGCAGCGGUGAUGGAGUGGCGUCAGCAGUCUGCAGUCGGCUGUGAGCUGGCGUUUCUGGAGGCGCAGAGAUGGCUUGAGGAAGUGACGAAAAAGUGUUUUGGAAGUAAAAGCUUUCGAGUUGCUUUAGAGGACGGGGUCCUUCUGUGCGAUCUGAUCAACACAUUGAAGCCGGGCAUCAUUAAACGAGUGAACAGGCUCUCCACUCCCAUUGCAGGCUUGGACAACGUGAAUGUGUUUCUCAAGGCUUGUGAGAAGCUAGGGCUUAAUGAAGCACAGCUCUUCCAUCCUGGAGAUCUGCAAGAUGUGUCCACACGUGUGACUGUCAGACGUGAAGAGACUAGCAGGAGACUGAAAAACGUUUUGAUAACUAUAUACUGGUUGGGGAGGAAGGCCCAAUCUGAUCCCUUUUACACUGGACCACAGCUGAAUCUAAAAGCCUUUGAAGGUUUGCUGGGCACAGCAUUAUCUAAGGCUCUGGAGGAGUCUGUGCAGUCCAAGUCGAGUGUGAGGGACAGUGGGUACGCGGAGGGCUGGUUCUCUGACAGGGAGGAUCUGGGCUACAGGAGAGAGGACUCAGUCGAGAGCCUGGACUCAGUGGAGUCUCGCACAAUUAGUGUGGCUUCAGACUGCACACUUAGAGCCGGAAGUGAAGGUUGCUGUAGUGACGCAGAAGCGGAGCAUUGCUUCAGGAUGGCAGAAGGCAGUAAAAGUGAUGCCCCCAUCAGGGAAAGAGUGCAUGUCCCAUCUGCCCUGAGGAAGAAAAGGCAGGAAUACCAGCAGGGAGGCAGGAGUAAUGCAGCCAGCCUCACUAGUGAAAGUGGGAGGGGCUUAUGCCACAACCUCCCUCCUGCUUCUGCCUUCCUCCAAUGGGCAAGCAGUUACCAGAGUGACAGUGACUCUGAUGCGGAUCGCCCUGAACCAGACAUUGUGCAGGACGACCUAGCGAGUCGCAGAUUUCGCCCUGUAACCUCCAUGGCCCCUGUGAACUUUGCGAUCCCUUCAAAGCCUCUAGGACCCAUGGUGGCCUCUAUGGUGACCCCAAGUGCUAGGAAGUCAUGGCUCACCUUGUCAGAUGCCUCACGGCUGGCCGCAGUGCCACCCCAGAGAUCAAACCAGAGCGUAUCAUCCAUUCCCUCAAUAAAUGGACGAGCAGACUUUGAAACAGCCACUUUGGAGGAAGAGUUUCUUCAGCGAGCCCUAAACAAUGGCACGAGUGACUCUGAUGAGGACCGAGGAAAUGCCGAUCCAGUGCUGGAUGACCUUUACGCCCGUCGGGUGCUCGUAUCGGAGCAUCAAACCUCCAUCAAUGCCGAUUCAGAUAAGUUCCUGCCCAAAUAUUGGACACCUGAGGAAGCUCUACAUGUGAAAAAGAUCAGGCUAGGGUCCCAGCGCCGACCAUGGUAUAAGAAGAUGCAGGGCUUCAGAAGCAAAUCUAUGGGUGACAUCACACUGGAACCCAUUCCACAGGAGUCUGACAACUGCUCCAGCUUUGACCAGCUGGGGUCACGGCAUAGUCACCAGAGGUCUGUUGGAGAGGUGACCCUUGACCCCUCAGCCAUACGGAGAGUUCAGCAGGAGCAGUUACAGAGCAUCCGGGACAGAAUAAAGGAAAGUGAAGCCAAGUGGCAUGAUGAUCUGAACAGGUGGAAGAGCCGGCGGCGUAGUGCAAACUCUGACCUCCACAAGAAGCGUGAGGAGAGAGAGCAGACUGAACUUCUGACCAGUGGGGGAGGGGCCAGUGCCAUCAGCACUGCACAGCUCACCGAGGUGCCAGAGGAGAGCUCCAACAUGCCUGGACCCUUGAGUGAUGCGGGCUCCAGUGUCAGCAGUACUGGGUGGUCCACCACCUGGGCUUCACCCCUCAUGAACGGGACAUCUUCUGCUCUGACCAGAGGCACUGAUGCAGAGACGACUGACUCAGCUGGUGAAUUCUUCACCCCUCCAUCAGCUGUUGUCUCUGAACAGAGUUCACUGACCUGCCUGGCUACCAUGGAUCCAGAACCGUACGAGCAGCAGGGUCCAGACUUCAGCUGCCGUGCGAGCCUCCUGGAGAGCUUUUAUGCAGGUGGAGCACGCAUAUCUGCCACUCUACCCAGAGGUUUCAGAAGGUCAGAAGGUUCCUCGCGCCUCUCCACGGGCGUCACGCCACGUCCAUUUGGAGCCAAACCCUCAAAAGUGUCUUCAUUGCCCAGAGUAUAUUCAAUGGACGACUCCCAUAAAAGCCUGAUCAGAGACCAUUCUAUCAUCCCCUCUUUGCUUAGUGGUCAAGGAAAGGUCACAGCCUCUGCUGACACGGGCCACUUUCGUUCAAGCACUCAUCCAAUCAAGAAGGACGAAGAGGAGAGAAGAGAUGGAAGGUUGUCAGCGCCUCCAGUUAACUUGUUUGUUACUAAAGUGACUAUGGCCGCCUCCAAUGUACAAACAUCUCCUCCUGUUGUCUCUGAAACCAGGGAUAUUACGGUUGGUCAAAGUGAAAUGCGAGUCUGUUUGAAUCAGAAGCCACACAGUGGGAGAGACUUUGGAUUCAAGGCUCACUGGGACUCAACUGGUGCUUGUGUGAAAUCUGUUCAACCCGGCGGCCCAGCAGAGUCGUGUGGUCUGCUGAUGGGUGAUGAGAUUGUGGCACUGGGUGGAUGCAGGGUGGCUGAAAUGAAUUAUGAGCAGUUUAAGGGCACCAUGAACACAGCACAGCAAAAGGGCACUUUACUGAUGGACAUCCGACGACACGGCCAGAACGACUGGGGCAGUGACCAACCUUCCCUACCGUACAAGAGCCAUAAGACCAUCAAUUUGACCAGUGCCAAUUCAACACUUAUAGGGCGGCCCGAGCAGUAUGUCUCGAUUAGCACAACCUCUCCAGUGGAGACCACAGUGAAGACACAAGUCAACGGACAGCAUGCUAAUGGAGUUCUAUCUAAAAUGGAAAAUGGACGUAUCCAGGACAAUCCAGUUUCUCUAAGAAACAAAGGUGGCUCGGAGUCUGCCAUCUCUGAUCUGCAAGUUCCCUCCAUUAGUACCACCACCUCUCGCUGGUCAUGGGAUCAUGAGGAGGAGAGGCGGAGACAGGAGAAAUGGCAGAUGGAACAAGAGCGCCUCCUGCAGGAGAAGUAUCGACGUGAUCAGGAGAAGUUGGAGGAGGAGUGGAGGAGAGCUCAGCAGGAGGUCUAUGGAGAGGAGCACAGUGGUCCUGAGGAGCAGAAAUGCACUGAUGUGCUGUCAAAUGGAAAUGCUACUUAUAUUCCAUCGCCCUUCUUCAACCAAUCCAUUGCUACCACUUCAGUGGCAUCCAAUCCGAAUGCAGAGAAGGUGGAAGCAACACAGAACAGACAGACCGCUGUGCAAACAGCAGCAGCACAGCAGUCACUAAAGGCAGAAGUGGAGUGUGAUUCAACCACAAAGAGUCAGUGCUCAGAGGUGUCCUACGGGUUUGCCAAGCUUACAGUUUCUGACAGGACAAAGUCAAAAUCUACCCCUGCACUUCAAGGCCUUCACAAACAAGAUGCUAAAGCAGGAAGCGGUAAAAAGAAGGGACAGCUGUCACAGGCAGAAAAGGAACGUCUGCAGAUCCUGGAAGAGAUGAGGAAGAAGACGCAGCUCCUCACUGACAACAGUUGGAUCCGUCAGUGCAAUGCUAGCAUCAACAAAGAGCCCGUCGCUGUGGGAACAUCAAUCAGGAGAUAUGACUCUAUGGACAACCUCCACUCAACCAACUCCUCCUGGUCUAGGCAGUCCUACUCUUCAAGUAUUGCGAACAGGCCCCAUUCUGCUUUGGGAAGCGCUGGCACUUACAGGAGUGGACGCAGCAGCCUGGGCCCUGAUUCAGCCAUCUUCUCUACUGGUCUUAAGCAGAGCUCCUUGUUUGCCUCCAACUACCCCAGUCCACCAAUCACAGCCACGCCUGAGCCAUCGGCCCCUAAGUCCCAUUCAAACUCUCAACAUCGUGGCAGGCUGGUCAGUGGCAGGCGAAUGUGCUCAAGGUGUGAGCAGCCUCUGGGGAAGGGAGCUGCCAUGGUCAUCGAUUCCCUGGAGCUCUGCUUUCACAUUUGUUGCUUCAAGUGUGUCAGCUGCAGGACUGACCUUGGGAGAGAGGCUGAGUCCGGAGCUCAGGUCAGAGUCAGACACGGACAGCUCUUCUGUAACACCUGCUACAGCAGAAUCAGAGUCUGUUCCUCCAUCUCCAAGUGACCAGAAUGCAUUGCAACAGAUCGAAGAGGAUUGUACCACAGAAGCAGCCUCAGGAAUCACAACUAUUAGCACAACCUAACCACUGCAGCAGCCUCUAUCCACUGCUUACUUCCACCGCUUUGACAAUCAAUAUACUGAGACUGAUAUUUCUGUGAUUGUUCUCAUAGUAUGACCGCUACAUAGUGACAAGUUCGAGCAUGUUAUUUUGAUCACUGCUGAUACCCCUGAGGUUGUUUCUGUACUGGCUGACAUCCGUGUAGUAAGAGGUAAUGCUGAACAGUUAUGCAUUCCAUGUGGCAAGUAAUAACAUGUCUAAUGUGUCGAAUGACUUCUAAGAACGGUUUUAUAUGUUCUUUUUUGAAGUAAGUCCUUGCUGAGAAUUCUCUCAUAUCUUUAAUAUAAGCUUUCCUCAUAAUUAUUUAAUAAAUGUUCUAGCAUACUUUAUCUGGUUAUCAAGCACCCCCCCCCCCCCCCAAUUGGUAGAAAUCACAUAGUGGUUAUGGUGCAUGGGUUUAAGUUAUUGUUCUGUAACCGUUAAUUAGGAGGAAUCUUAUGCAACAUUUUUAAACAAGCUGCUUAAUAGAAAUGUAUUUGAUCCGUCAUACUUACAGAAUGUAUUAUCCAGUAAGUGGCACUCUGGUUGUAACCUACAUUUUUCACUCUAUUUAGAUGCAAUGUUCUGCCAAUCAGAUGGCCUGCACAUAGAGGUUGCAUUGCAUAUAAUUGUAAAAUUAAAUUAACUGGGAUGCUUCUUUCCAAGCCCCUCUGCCAGAUGUUUCUGUUUGAUGUUUACAUGACUUUCUCCUUGUAUGAUAUACAGUAGCCUAGAUAAAACUGGCUAAACAAGUUAAAAUAAGUGUUGCCAUGGAAAUAAAGCUAACUUUUAAAUGGAAAAUGAUUAUUUACUUGAACUAUUUUCACUGAAGAACUAAAACCCCUUUAAAAAAAAGAAAAAAAGAAAAAAAAAAAACUUUAAUUUGGCUUGUUUCCCCCCAUACUUAUAAUUAUCUCUUCAUUUCUUGAAACAGAUACAUACUUGAGUCCUAAUAUGGAAAAUUUAAGAGUGGCUGCACAUCUCCAGACUUUUCUGCUUCCUGUCAUUAACUGGCUCCCACAGUCAUCUCCAUUUUUACUGCUGUUACCUCAUUCUCAGUGCAGAUUUGUCUGAGAACUUGAUUGCCCUGUGGAGUCUUGGAAUAAUAACAGCUUCUGAAUUUUUCUUUUUUUCUUUUAAAACACGUAUAACCAAGCUCUCCAAAAAACAACCCAAGGAACAUUAUCAACAACAUGGAAGUGUGUUGUUGUUGUUCUGGUGUUUUUAUGAUGGAUGGGCAUAUCUGCCACCUACUGGACUGGAGUGAUAAAAAAUAUAUAUAUAUAUUUUAAUCUAAAUUAAUCCGUUCAUCCAGAGUGCCUAAAUCAGUCAGAAUGAUUUAAUGAAUAGAACCGGUUUUGUUCUUGGGUUCAUCUCACUGAACAGGUCACAGUGUAAGGGAUGAUCAUUAGUGAAUAUAAUUCUGUUUCUCACAUUUUAUGUCUUUCAUUUUAUGGCCUCAGAAGAAAUGGAAUGAAACUUACAAGCUUGGAAUAUUAGCAAGUUUAAAAAAACUCAAGUCACUAUUCUUUCUAAAUACAUGGGGAAAAAAAAUGUUUCUUCUUUUUCGUACUAUGAAAGAAUAUCAUACGAAUUUGGAACAAUAAGAUAGUAAAGACCUGUUCAUACCAAGAAUUGUAACUGUAUUAUCGUCCAAACUAACAGACGAUAAAGUUCUGAUUAAUACAGGAAGCUUGCUGCAGUUUUGUUGUCUGGCACUUUAAAUACUCAAGCUCAUAAACAGGGUAUUAUUCUGCCUGUCAUUGUUUUUAUGGUUCAUGAACCGGAAGAAAUCUUUCUGAAAGUGAUUCUAAUGAUAACAUUCCUCUAUGUCCUUAUCGUUACAAUGAACUAUUCUCAUCAAAAUUAAAACUUCAUAUAUUUUUUUUUUUCAUUGUAAUUAUCCUUAAGUGUAAUAUUUGCACAACUGUGAUAAGAAAAUGCUAUUUUGAUGAACAGAUGGUGCUCUUCUGUCCCUCUUCGGGCAUGCAGAUACCUCUUCCCUCAGCAGUGUAUUCUUCCCAGAAUUGUUGUGGAAGUCAUGACCUUAGUGCACUAGCCGCAAGGGUUCACAUCGCCCAUAAAGCAUAGCAUUCCGUUCAUGCGUGCAACCAAGUCUCAGAUGUGUCCUCUUACUCAGUUUGCGAGUGACGCUCAUUUCAUGCAGUCUGAGCUUUAUAUCUGCUGGCUGAGGUCAACAGACUCCCUCUGAGAGACCCAGGGACAAAUGGUAUCAUUCUUCAACUGAUUUAAAUACACCCAAAUAACCCUGCAAUUGAAUUUCCUUUAUCGGGACAUAAAAGUCAGCCUGGGUCAGAUGAUACUAAACAAAAGAAGGCCCUACAAAU